CACACACACACCAAAAACAGCACGGGUUGUUUUACUGGGAGGACGCGGAGCCUCAUCGUUAUUAUAGAGCCGUCUUUAUGUAUACACAGACCGUAAGAGACACCUCUCCCACUCCUCCUGGCUCUCUCAUCACUCUGCUCCGGGAUCUUGGAUGUGGAUGAGAAUCUGUCGCCCCGUCUUUCUCGGUAUCAGCAUCGCAUUGAGGACAACCGGGCGAGCAUCCGCGGACGAAAGCGGAGAGCAGCAAAAACCCAGUUUGAUUGAUCAUAAUUGUACUGUGUCAGCCUGGGGCCAGACAGACUGGUAUGCGCUAAGGUUUGACUUGUGAUUGGCCGUGUACUCUUGUUUUUUCUUCUUCUUCAAUAAGCCAGACUGAAGGCGUUUGCUGUGCACAAUUGAUGCGUGCACGGGCGUCGACCGCAAACUUGCAUCCGCGGGGUGGCAGCUGGUGCUGAUCUGAAGACUUGGCUGAUCAACUAGUGAAGAGGAGGACACUGUGUCACUUCUAUUCACCUGUUUUCUGACCGUCGUGGUGUUUGGGACUUCCGCUGUUGGAACAUAACAUUGGUGUCUGGCUGCUGUAUCAUGACGGGGAAAAAGUUGAAGGUGGCGGUGGACUCCCUGUGUAGACCGAGGCGGAGGGUGCGCAUUUUCCUCUCAUUCCUCCUGGUGUUUGCGGCUACAUGUCUGGUUCACUUCAUCCAAAAGCAGCAUUUCUUGAAUAUUUUUGAAGGACUGGGCACAGGCGAGAUGCUCGGAAUCACACCGCAGCAGUCCACAGAGAUUCUGUCUUCUGAGAACGGAGAGAAUGGCAACGCUGACCACCGACAACAAGCAGAAGCCGUCCUGACCAGCCUGGUCACUCCAGUAAAGCUCCCACUGAGUCAACAGGACACAGAUUCUCAUCAACGCAAACUCCUGAAAACUAGUCCCCCGAUCAGUCACACCAACGCCAAUAAUAUUACCACACUCUUGUCCACAUCCUCAUCGGACACUAAUGCCUCUGUCCCGUCUGUCCCCUCUGUCCCCAAGAACUGGGCAAAGGUCUCCGCAACCGUGAAAGCCCGUAGGGAUCUGGUGAAGGAAAUGUGUGCCAAGUACAAAAGCAACAUCCCAAAGAACAUCACAAAAGGACACUUAUAUCACGUCUUUGUGGAGGACAAAUACAAGUUGUUGUACUGCCAGGUGCCCAAGGCAGGCUGUUCCAACUGGAGGAGGACACUGAUGGUGCUGUCAGGCUAUGCCUCCAAUGUUGAAAAGAUUAAACACGACACAGUCCACUAUGCCAGCAACCUCAGGAGUCUCAACAAUUAUGACAAUGAGGGUGUGAUUCACCGACUGAAAACCUACACCAAAGUCCUCUUUGUCCGAGAACCAAUGCAGAGGUUAGUGUCGGCGUAUAGGGAUAAGUUUGAAAAUCCAAACGACUACUACCACAGGCUGUUUGGUAAACCCAUCAUCUCCAAGUACAGGGUGAACGCAUCCGAGGAAGCCCGGAAGACAGGCAACGGGGUCACAUUCAAGGAAUUCAUACAGUAUCUACUGGAUGUCCACCGGCCCAUAGGAAUGGAUAUCCACUGGAAUCUGGUGGACAAACUCUGCCACCCUUGUAUCAUGAACUAUGACUUCAUUGGCAAGUUUGAAAACAUGGAAGAAGAGUCUGACUUUCUCCUGCGAUUGAUCGGGGCACCAAGUGACCUCAAGUUGCCGACAUUUAAAGACAGGAACCCAAAAGACAAGAAGACCUCGACGGAUGUCAUGGAAAGUUACUUCUCCCAGGUCACUGCAGAGGAGAAACAGAAAGUCUAUGACUUCUACUACAUGGACUACCAGAUGUUUAACUACUCCAAGCCUUUUAAUGAUCUACAUUAACCGAUUACUGUCGGGCCUCUUGCAUCGCAAUUACAUUCCACUAUGUCUACAUCUCUACCAUUUAACUCCAAAUGAAGGAAUCUAUGUCCCUCCUGUCUUCUAGUUUUCUCCACAACCACUCGUUUGACCGAUGUCGAACUUUGCAAACGCUUCGUUUACGAUGUGUGAACUGUCGGGACGAUGGGCAGACAGCGAAUCCGCCUCCGCAUUUAUUUCUAGGACGAACUGAGACACCAACCUUCGACGAUGUCAACCCAAGACAUGAUUUGAUAGCACUGCACUAGCGAUCAUUCACCAUCAAGCUCAGUCACACACUCACACACUCACACAUGGAUCUUUGGACUGAAGAAAUAGAAAUAGAACAAUGUGAUUUUGCUGAAAUUUAAGUUAGACAACCAUUCGAGGAAACGGUCUAUAUGAUGUGGUAUGAAAUACUUUAUUUACUACUAGUGUGCGGUGAGGUACAAUUAUAAAUAGAACUGUGGAAAAAAAUAGAGAUUUAAUCGUUAUUUUGUUAUUUGUUAUUUGUUAUCUGUAAAGCUACUUGACUUCCUUGGUGGUGGAUUUCUAGCGGGGCCAGUCGAUGAUCUGCAAGAAAUGCGGAGGGGAUGGUAGUGACAAAGAGGCGAGACAUGAUGGAGAAUAUAAAAAAAAAAGGCUGGAGAAAGAACAGAUUUAAAAAGAAAAGCUUUCGUGUUUCACUUUUGUCGUCCCCUGAGGAAUUCUGAGUAAUUACCAAAGCCUGCUGGGGCCUCUUCCUCACAUUUACCUCGGUGAUCUUGCGUAGCCCUACUCCUUCACUUCCCAGCUUUUAGAGAUGCUUAUCCCGUCAAAUGAAGGACAGAGGUGAGAAAAGUGUGUGGGCCUGAUCAGUUUAGUGAGCGUGUGUGACGAUGAUGACGUGAGGAGGUUCUAAGCGGUGGCACCCUCAUCACCCACUCCAUGUUUGAUUACAAUUUCUAUAUCAUAGCUAUAUAUACAUACAUAUAUAUAUAUAUAUCAUAGAUUUA